AUGCUAAACAAAGCACAAAAGCUAGUGCUCGGAAUAGUGUUACUGGUGCUGGUCGAUAUUAUAUGGGUUUCGUCGAGCGAACUAACCAAGUUCUUGUAUGAAAAUGAAAACUACGACAAACCGUUCUUCUGUACCUACUUCAAGGCAUCGAUGUUCACCAUAUACUUGAUAGUGCUCGGUUUGAUAGCACCAUGGAAGGAGAGCUGUGCUCGGAAUGGCAACUACUCGCUGAUGGAUACGAUCGAGGAGGACGAAGGAUACUAUGCCAAUGGGACGUCCAGUUUGAGCGAUUCUUCUUUCGUACCCAUCAAAGCGGACUCGCAAGUGUCCGGCACGGAAAGUGAUGACUCCAGCAUACGCAGCGUGCGCUUCAGCAAGGUGGCCGAGGUACGCGAAAUGUCCCCGCACGAAGCGUCCGAGGCGUUGAUGUCGCGACUCUCGUACGCCGCCAGUCUGCGAGUCCAUCGGCAAAAAUCACACCACAAAACGGCCCGAACUGCUUUGCUAUUUUGCGUGCUGUGGUUUAUUGCCAACUAUAUGUUCCAGCUAGCACUGGAACCGAGUGAAACGGCGAUGGUAACGCUGCUCAGUUCUAGCUCGAGCUUUUUCACGCUCAUCCUUGCGGCCAUGUUCCCCUCAUCGUGUGGUGAUAAGUUUACCUUCUCGAAAUGUUUCGCCGUGCUGCUGAGCAUUUCUGGCGCGGUGAUGGUUUCGUUGUCGGAAAUUGAUGAGCCGAAAAUGACGCGCGGGAUCGUACUGGCACUGUUAAGUGCAUUCUUCUACGCGUCCUAUCUGGUGCUAGUCAAGCGUAAAAGCGACACAGAAGAAAAGAUCAGCAUUCCACUGUUCUUUGGCUUUGUGGGGCUGUGGAAUUUGUUGCUAUUGUGGCCCCUGUUGUUCGUGCUGAAUUUUUCCCAGCUCGAAGUAUUUGAGCUACCAUCGAGACGACAAUUUAUUGUACUUUUCCUGAACGGACUCAUCGGAACGGUGCUGUCAGAGGCUCUGUGGCUGUGGGGCUGUUUUUUAACUUCAUCACUUAUCGGCACAGUGGCAAUAUCGCUACAGAUACCGCUCGCAAUGCUGUUCGAUAUGGUGCUGCACGGCAAAACGUAUCCCCUGCUGUUCUACCUGGGCUCGCUACCCAUGUUCUUCUCGCUGGUACUAGUCGCCUUUCUGGUCAAAUUUGACGACUGUGAUCCAUUGCUAAAGUUUGGUAAACUCAUGUACCGGCGGUUGUGGAACUGUCGGAAAGCGAAUGUCGUACGAAUACCGGACCUAGAGGAGCAGCACGAGUCUCUCAUCGAUGGUAGUCAUGAAAAUUAG